UGUUCGUGGUUGGCCAUUUUUGUUGAUUUUAUGGAGUUUGUCAGAUAAAAUAUUGUGUUGACCAUGGAUCGAGACGAAGUCUGUGCUAGUCUUAUAACAUGGAUGCGGACAUUUGGAAUCAGUGGUCCUUGUCAAUCUACAGACGAUCUAAGUGAUGGUGUCGCUAUGGCACAGGUUCUACAUCAAAUAGCACCUAGUUUCUUCAAUGAAGCAUGGAUGUCUAAGAUAAAGACAGAUGAUGUCACUAACUGGAGGUUGAAGGUCAGCAACUUGAAGAAAGUGUUGAAAGGCAUUUUAGAGUACAACCUAGAGGUGAUUGGUAUACAGAUCCAUGAUUUCCAAAUGCCUGAUGUCAACUCCAUUGGUGAGCACAGUAACAUACCAGAACUGGGUCGCCUGCUCCAGCUCAUCCUUGGCUGUGCAGUCAACUGUGAUGCUAAGCAGGAGUAUAUACAGCGCAUCAUGUCUAUGGAGGAAUCUGUACAGCAUGUCGUCAUGAACGCCAUACAGGAGCUGAUGACGAAGGAAAUAACUACAAGCAGUGAUGGUGAAUCAGAACUGGCAGAUCAGUUGAGACGGACAACCGAAGAACUGAGCGGUGCAAUGGAGGCAAGAGAGGAACUGACACAGAGAUGUCAUGAGCUGGACCAACAGGUGGCUGCCUUAAUAGAAGAAAAGCAGGGUUUAGUGUUUGAAAAUGACAGAUUGAAUGAAAGGCUGAAUUUAGCAGAAAACUUAGAUGAUCCAGCGUGUGUCAAUUACAUUCUCCAAUCAAGUACUCCUGCUGGUAAAAGGUUCCAACAACUACAACAACAGGUUGAUAAACUACAGGAAGAAAAUUUUAAACUCGAUUCCAGUCGAGAUGAUUUGAAAAUAAAGUCUGAACUUCUAGCAAGAGAUUUUUCUGAAAUCAAACAAAAAAACGUGGAGCUCAUGGCAAUAGCAGAUGAGGCACGGUCUCUAAAGGACGAGGUGGAUGUCCUACGUCAUACGUCAGAACAAGUCUCCAAGUAUGAAUCAAGUAUAGAAUCUUACAAGAAGAAAUUAGAUGAACUCAGUGACCUGCGAGGCCAGGUGAAGCUGCUUGAGGAGAAAAACACCAAGUAUAUGACAGAACAUCUAGAGUUAGAGGAGGAGUUAAGGAAGGCAUCAUCACUGAAACAACAACUUGAAGGCUACAAACGUCAAGUCCAUGAGUUACAGAACAAACUCACCGAGGAAACUAAGCGGGCAGAUAAGGCAGACUUUGAGGCCAAGCGUGCGCAGGAUAAAAUGUCUACCCUUCAACGGGAAAAGGAGAGGAUGGCAGAGGAAAGAGACUCGCUGAGGGAACUCAACGAGGAGAUGAAGCUAACACAGCUACAGAACAUGGAGGACCCCGGCCAGAUCGCUACUUCACCCAGACUCGAGAUGUUGUCACUGCCUCCAGAAGUCAAGGAGAAGCUGCUGAGGCUGGAACAUGAGAACAAGAUGCUGAAGCUGAGGACGUCCGAGGACAACAGUGAACAGGCACCCAUGUUACAGUCGAUGCUUGAUGAUGCUAAUGCUCGCAAAAACGAACUCGAGACAGAGUUACGGAUAGCCAAUCAGCGUAUAAUGGCUUUGGAAGCCCAAGUUGAAGAUAUACAAGAGAGUCAAACCACCACAUCUAAUGAGGAAAUGCUGGAGAUGCGGAAAAAACUUAACGAGCAGAUUAAACGGACUCAAGAUACUGAAAAUGUGGUUAAGAAAAAUAAAGAGACAAUAGGUGACCUGGAGGCUAGGCUAAGUAGUAGUGUAGAUAAGGUUCAGGAGCUACAGGAUCAACUCAAUAAGAAGGACGACGACAUGAAAUUAAUGGAGGCUAGGUAUAAAAAGUAUCUGGAGAAAGCCAAGUCGGUGUUCAAGGCUAUAGAUACCAAACAGAACACAGGAACUGUCUCCGAAGUGACAGUGACGGCCUUAAAAAAUCAACUGCAGGAAAAAGAGAGACACAUUGAACAGUUAGAGAAAGAAAAUGACAAGGCUAAAAAUAUACGAGAACAAGAGGAGAAAUACAUAGUAUCUGCCUGGUACAAUCUGGGAAUGCAGUUGAAUCGCCAGGCUACAGAAGAGAGGUUGGCCAACGCUUCAACUGGACAAUCAUUUUUAGCUAGACAACGACAAGUGCAUUCACGUAGAACUCAGUCUAUACCCAACUCCCAUCCAAAUUCAACUCGGUGAAACAAGCCUAUGUUUUUUUUAAUCUGCCUAAUUAAAAACCCUACUGCAAUGACUAUAUAUGUUAAUACCCAGUCAGUGAUGAUGUAUCGUCUCAGAUUGUCUGAAGCAGUCUCUGGUGACGUAUCGUUGGAUUGUCUGAAGCAGUCGUGGUGACGUAUCGUCAGAUUGUCUGAAGCAGUCUGUGGUGACGUAUCGUCAGAUUGUCUGUAGCCGUCAGUGGUGACGUAUCGUCGGAUUGUCUGAAGCAGUCUGUGGUGAAGUAUCGUCAGAUUGUCUGUAGCAGUCUAUGGUGACGUAUUGUCGGAUUGUCUGUAGCAGUCUGUGGUGACGUACCUUGGAUUGUCUGUAGCAGUCUGUGGUGACAUAUCGUCGGAUUGUCUGUAGCAGUCUGUGGUGACAUAUCGUCGGAUUGUCUGUAGCAGUCUGUGGUGACGUAUCGUCAGAUUGUCUGAAGCAGUCUGUGGUGACGUAUCGUCGGAUUGUUUGAAGCAGUCUGUGGUGAGGUAUCGUCGGAUUGUCUGUAGCAGUCUGUGGUGACGUAUCGUCGGAUUGUCUGAAGCAGUCUGUGGAGACUUUUGAUGACACCGCACGUCACCCCACAAAGCAGUGUACCAUCUGUAUUAGACACAUAACAUGGGAAAUCUUCUCAUUCAAGGAAAGGCAUGUAUUGGCAAUUAUCAUGGGAAAGUCUUGUUAAAGAAAUGUGACUCCAACUCAUAAACAAUUUUUGUGAACAUCCUUUUGUUGAUAGGUCCUACCUACAUAUUGAUAGUCAACCGCCGUCACAGUAAAGGCUAGACUCCUUCCAUUACCCAUUGGUGGAUAAGCCAUACGAGGACAAUCAACACACUCCGUUCAUGCUUGAAGAAAAAUCAAAUGGCAAAAACAGCUGAUUAAAUCUCAAUUUUAUAUUGAAAAUAAAAAGAUUCCUGUCUAAUACUAAGUUGUUAACAUUAGAUGUGAAGUAACUGAAUUAGCUUCUCAGUUGACACCUAUUUGGGUUCCCUUACAGCAGGAUUACUCUGGCCUAAAAUGUGAUUUAUAAUUAUCAAACAAACAAAGGUUGUACAUGCAUAUGGGUAUCUAUAUAUCUGAGUUGUAAAAUAAAAUCAAUCUUGACUUUGAACAAAAUCACUGGUGCUGUACGGCAAUGUUAGUCGUGAUUAUUGAGAAAUCCACAUGUUUAGUAAUUAACCUAUUUUAUCUGUCUAGAUAAAUUUUCAAACAGGAAUGCUGAAGAAAAAUGUACUACAUUCUGUCAGUUUCAUUUAAAAGUGUUACCCUAUUGAAGUUUCUAUGUUUAAGUUUAAUUAAAAUUCUAAUAAUUUAACAGGUAAAGCUUCAGUUGAUGUAGGAUAAUGCUGAAUAUAUAAACUAGACAAUGUGUUAUUUGCAUAUGACAAUACAACACUGUUCUUCAGUCUAAACGUGAUAUGGGUCAGAUACUCAUCUAAAAAAAUAUUUCAUACCAAUAUUUGGUGUUUUUUACUCUAAUACCUGUUUUUCUAUGUGACAGGUAAGAUCAAAAUGAAAUCAUUUCUUCCUCUCAUAGAAUCUAUUUUCACUUGUGAACUCAUUCAACAGACAAUUUGUAGGUAAUGACUAAAUCACCUCUUUAUUGAAUCUGACAUUUUUUGUGAAUGUAUUUUAAGAUGUGUCAUAAGAAAUAUUAAGUAAACAAUAUAAACUGGAAUAAUAGUUUGAGCUUUUGGUUCAAAAACUAGCUUGUCAACCUCAACUCUGGUUAACAGCUGUAUAUCAUAUGCAAUCAACACCGACAUAAUUCAUUAACAUCUGGAUUGAUGAUAUUUUAUGAAAUCAUUAUUAUCAGACACUGCCAUUUUCAUCAGCAACAGUAACACAAGGAAUUAAGUUUAAUAUCAUAUUAUGUAAAUAUUUAAAUGAUGAAGGGCGAAUACACUUGCUAGUGUUUGUGGCAUGCAGAAAAAAUAUCGAGGACAAAAUCAGCCUGAUAUGAACUAUGGGAAUGAAACAGCAAACUAUCAUAAUCUAUGCAGUCUGUAUAUUAACAGUUAUAAACAGUUAUAAAAAGGCCGAAGUUUUUGCUGUUUGUAGCUUGAUGGUAUCUCGUAUCAAAAUUACAAAUGAGUCAUUUCUCAAUUUGUACCUAGCAGCUGUGACGUUACUGUAUUUAUUUUAUUAAAAAUGUCUGCCAGAUGUUGUUUGUAGCUGUAUAUAGUCAUGCAUGACUCAUUAUUUAGACGUAGGUCCAAUUGUUCAAAGUGUGCUUAGCUUAUAUUAAUGAGUCAUUAAAAAUCAAUUAAAAGUGUGAAUUUUGAGAAAUGACUGAAAAACAAACAUUUUGUUGUUUCCUAUCUAUCACUGCGAUGAUGUUAAAUCUUACAUGCAAUUUAAGUUUUGAAUUUCAAUAUUUUUGAACUUUGCCAAGGGGAAAACCUUUUGGCAUUUUGUUGUGGUCAAGCUAACAAAACUUUAAACAAACUGGGCCUAGUAAUACAGUAGUAGAAGAUUUCACUUUGAUUUCAUUUUAAUGGGUCACAUUUAUUAAUACUAAUUGUUCGUUAUAGUCAUGAUAUCGUGGCCAGUUUAUGAAUCUCACCAAACUUUCCAUAAGGAAGUUACCUGUUGUACAAUUUACAAAAUAGAUUAUAAUUAAAUAAGUUGUUGGGCUGCUCAACUUCAGUUAAGUAAUCAACUUGAUGUAACGCUGUUCAAAUUCAAUUUGGUAAAUUACUCCAGCAUGACUAAAAUGUUCACUUUCUACUUUUUAUAUUCACUUUUUUUAUAUAUGAAACCUUGUAUUAUCUUUUCUUCCGAUUUUCAAACAUAUUGAAGGAAUGUAAAAAAUGUGAUUUUUUUCCGAAAAAAUGUUUUUAGAUAUUUUAGCGGGGUUUUCUUCUCUGUGUCUGUAAAUAGGUAUUUAGAAGUAUAGAAAUGGAUGAGACCUGUGAUAUGUUGCCAGUCAGUGAGAUAUUACAGACCUGUGUGGUGCUAGACUGGUCAGUUGAUAAUGUUCCAGGGCUAUCUGUGAUGAUAGAGGUCAUUGGGGGUCGCAAUGACGUCACUUUCAUGUUGAUGUUAAUUCUGAGACAUAAUAAUGUACAAUGUAAUCCCAGUAACUUCUCUUUGCCAUUUCUGUUCAUAUAGUAUUACACUAUUUGAGUGGAUAGGCAGGGGGAGGGGGUGUUUGUUAUGUUUUCAGUAGCAGGAUCGCUCACUUCUAGCUAUUCAGAACUGUUUAUAUUACGUGAAAUAUUUUUUCCCAUGUAAGUUAGCAUGCAUGUAUUAUCAAUCCCAUGUAUUAUUUGCAUAUUUUGUUAUUUGGAAUGUAAAAAUCUAAUGCAAGUUUGGAGUUGUUAGGAAGUUAUAAUUGGAAAAUAAAAUCCCACAUAGUUUGUAAUAUCAGAAAGUUUGACUGCAAUUUCAGUAAUAAUGGCAUCAGUUUUAUUUAAUGUGUUCUUUGAAAAUGAUUUGUUAUAUAUGGUGAUGGUCAAGUUUUCUUCAAAGAAACAAAUCUGAAUACUGUGAUGGCUAGUUAUUUAUGAUAAUGAGGAUGAUAAUAUAAUGAUGACUAUAACUUAAUUAGGAAAUGUUCUUAAAAGUGAACUGUUGUACUCUUUGGGCGUGUAUGAAGUUGUCGCCACCAAGGAUAUGUGCAAUUUUACUGUGUGUUACCAGUGUUGUUGAUGUUUGGCAUUACAAUCAAUAGUUAUUUACAGUUUUGUUGUAGACCUAACACAGCAGCAGGAGAAAAUACAUAUUAAAAGUAAGGUCAUACAUUACAGUGACUCGGUAUUAACAAUUUUAUGUAUAUAUGUAGCAGGUAUAAUAGAGUAUAGUUAUAUAAUAGUUUAGCUACGAUAGGAAAAAUAGAAAGAUGAGGGUCAAAGAGAGAUAUUAAGGUAAAUAUAAGACAAACAGAGCUGUGUACACCUGAUGUCAGGUAUCUGAUAUAUCCUACGUUUAUAAUGGUUUCCGUUACAGUUAGUGCUUUCAUUGACUUAAGGCUUGAUUUAUCAUAAACAUAAAACAUAAUCAUGACAGUAAGGAAAUUCUACAUAAGAAUUAGAUGCUUAAGAAAUUAGUGAAGGUCUCUUAAUGAAAUUAAGGGAUCAUCAUUUAAUUAAGGUAUCUUCAUUAAAUUUAGGUAUCAAUUAAUGAAGAUUUCCUAUAUAAUGAAGGUUUCUUACAUUAAUGACAUACAGGUAUCAUCAAUUAAUGAAGGUUUCUUAUAUUAAUGGCAUACAUGUAUCAUCAAUUAAUGAAGGUUUCUUAUAUUAAUGACAUACAGGUAUCAUCGAUUAAUGAAGGUUUCUUACGUUAAUGACAUACAUGUAUCAUCAAUUAAUGAAGGUUUCUUAUAUUAAUGACAUACAGGUAUCAUCAAUUAAUGAAGGUUUCUUACUUUAAUGACAUACAUGUAUCAUCAAUUAAUGAAGGUUUCUUACGUUAAUGACAUACAUGUAUCAUCAAUUAAUGAAGGUUUCUUACGUUAAUGACAUACAGGUUUCAUUGAUUCCCCCACAAGUAUUCUGCUCCAUUUUUUAUCACUUGUGUAAUAUUUCAAUGAUCACCUCCUAUAUCACUGUACCAAUCAAAAUGUACAUUGUUGGAUACCCUGUUUAUCACCCACUUCACCAUGAUAUAUUGAUCACACAGUGCUAACUCUAUAAGAUCAUCACUUCCCCUUCCUACACUGUAUCAUGUUUACAUUUAGUAGCUUUUGUAAUUAUAUGUUUUAUAUGUCGGCUGUAUUCUUUUUCCCGUUUUCUGUACCUAAUAAAAUUUGAGAGAGUUACAUAAGAAAUUCAGUUCCAAAAAAAAGAGGUUCAUAGCCUACAGCGCAACAAUGUGAUAAUUAUCGUGAUUUAUAAAUUAAGUUAAAUACCUGCCUCUGGUUCAGUAGUAAUUACCCCACUCUAUCAUCCAUUUUGACAAUGCCAAACAAGUGAUCUUACUUACCGAUUACAUGAAAAUAGAAAAAGGAUACAAAACUAGUUUAUGGUGCUGUUGGAAGGAAAAAUUUGGACAUUUAUUUAAAAUAUUACUGCCGAACUUCAUUUAAUUCUGAAGAUAAUCUGGCCUACUGUACUUAAACAUAUAGAUUACAUAGUGCCCUGCGUAUCCCAUGUCACAUUGAAAGACCACCCAAUCAUAUACCCUGUAACCAAUACUUUACAUCGCGUCAGUUAAUUAAAGAUUUAAAGAAAUGACGCCCAAGAAACUAAAUUUUGCUCAUGAUAAGCUAUCAUUAUUGCUGUAGUUUGGAGAACCAAUUGGUCAAGACCUCAAUAAGAUAGUAAUAUGAAAGUAUACUUGCAAUGUAUUAAAGAUGUAAUACGGAUGGCUUUGCAUGAUUGGACGUUACGGAUGAUCGUCCCUAACUAACUAUUACAGAGUAUGAUACUGGGGACGGUUGUUUCACAGCAGUAAAUAACCGUCUGGUGGAGGGUUAUAAUUAACGGGUUUAUUUUGUAACUAACUUAAUUACACCAACAGAAACAUACGCAAAUAGUACUAUUCACGUAUUGAUUUUAAUCUUGUAUUUCAGGGUAUCUGAUAUCAUGUUUUUUAAAGACCAAGCGAUUUGUAAUAAAAGAUACAGCAUUAUAUCUA